GCGUCAGCUUCACUAAGGACACACCUGCGACGUUCCCAUGCGCAUUUGUUGCACUUAAACUUACUGACUCGCCGAGAUGAGUGAGGCGGCGUCGGCUCAACAUGCCGAAGAGAUACGGCGCAUCCUGCUCAAUAGGCACCUGGACGCAGUGUUCUCUAGCACCGGUCCCAGACGCCCGGGCAGUGCGCCCCCGCAGGCUGAGGUGCUCCCGGGAAGUCCUAUGGGACCUCCUGCAGUGAACCUUAUCACUGGGGAGCCGUUCGGGCGGGCCGAAACGGAGGUGAAGGCUCUAGUGCCAGCACCUGUGACCCACGCCAAGGCCCCCGACACUGGCGGGCUUGGGCUUCCGCCUGAAGCUGAGGAAGCGCUCCGCUCGCAACCAGAUUACCAGCAAUUUUAUUAUGCCAACGUUAGAAACAACCCGCGGCUCCCCCCGCCCCUCCCGGCGCGAGGCUCGUGGGCAAACAAUGGCAAGGAGGACCCGGGCAAGGCGGACGAGGCGCAGGCACAGGCCACGUUCAACUUGCUGUUUGGAGCGCAGCUGAACCUCAAGGAUGGAGGCGCCGAUCCAAUCCCCAUUCGCCCGACAGCAAACUUUUUGGGCCAGGACCUGGGCACCCAGCUGGGCACCAGCCUGGGCGCCGGCUCCACCGGCCUUUCGCCGCCCACGCACCCGCCCGACACCAUCGCGGCGGCGUGGGCCAACGUGGGCAGCGCCAGCGCGGCGGGCAGCGCGGCCCAGCAGCUGGACUCGCUGCUGGGCGCCUUUGGCUCGCCCAAGCCGGGCGCGGGGCCCAUGGGGCUGUCGCCGCUUCUCACGGAGCUGAGGGCGCAGGCCAGCGGCGCGUCCCUGUACUCGGCCCGCAGCGCCGACGAGCAGACGCUGCACGACAGCCUGUACCUGGGCAGCCAGCCGCACACGCCGCUGGGCGGCAGCCAGCACGGCGGCCUCACCGUCAACGUGGCGCCGGGCGGCCCCACCGGCCAGGCGCCCCACCCGCUGUUCGGGUCGUUCAACCCGGACAGCCCGCGGCCGCCCUCCAUGGACGCGGUGGGCCGCUCCACCAGCAGCAACAGCCUGGGGGGCAACUCCUUCAAGGACCGGGGGCCGCAGGGGCGUCUGGCGUCCGUGAUUGGCGGCGAGCGCUCCACGGUGCGCACCCCCUCCAAGCUGCGCAUGGCCACCACCGCCGCCGCCGCCGCCGUGGCCGAACACGACGCGCAGCAGCAGCUGCUCAACAGCCUCACGGGGGCGGACACGGCGGCGGCGGCGGCGGCAGCUGCCGCGGCAGCUGCGGCGGCGGACCCGGACAACCCGGCGGCUGCGGCUGCGGCGGCUGCGGCGGCGCAGCAGCUGGUGUCGGCGACGCAGAUGCAGGCGGCGGUGGAGGCCUUCCAGAACCUGCCGCCCGCGGCGGCUUCGGCGUUCGCGGCGGCACUGGGCGACCAGUCGGGCGGCGGCGUGGGCGCGCAGCAGCUCAUGGCGCCGGAUGUGUACCUCGGCGGCGGGGGCGUGCAGGCGGCGGCGCAGUCGCAGCACAUGCAGGCCCAGGCUCAGGCCGCGCAGGCCCAGGCCGCUCAGGCUCAGGCCCAGGCCGCGCAGGCCCAGGCCGCCGCCAUGUACAUGGCCGCCAUGUACGGCCCGGCGGCGCUGGGGCACAUGGGCAACCCCAUGGCGGGCGUGGGGCACGUGGCGCCGCUGUCCAGCCAGGCCGCCGCCGCCUCCAUGUACUACGCGCAGCAGCAGGCGCAGAGCCUGCAGGCCAUGCAGGCGGCGGCGCUGGCGUCCGCCUCGGGCUUCCCCGGCGCCGGCAUGCCGGGGCUGGUGGGCGCGGGCGGCUUCGGCCCCAACGCGGUGGCGGCGGCGAUGCUGGGCGGCAUGUCGCCGGCGGCGGCGGCGGCGGCGGGGCUGGACAUGGCGGCGCUGGCGGGCGGCGGCAUGCCGGGCGUGGGGCUGGUGCGGCCGCAGGGGCCGGGCCACUUCCCGGGGGCGGGCAGCGGGGGCGGCGGGGGCGGCAUGAUGAUGAUGGGCGGCAUGGGCGGCGCGGGGCCGGGCGGCGGCGGCGGCAGCGCCAAUGCGGAGUACGCGGCAUACUACCAGAAGAUGAUGGAGGCGCAGGUGGUGGCCAUGGGGCUGGUUGGCGUGGGCGGCAGUGUCAGCAAGGAGGCCGAGGCAGCGGCGGCAGCCGCGCUGAUGCGCGCCGGCGUGCCGCCGCCGCCGCCGGGGCCGCCGGGCGUGAAGGUCAAGCGCGACAGCGGCGGCGAGCCCCCGUACGGCCACGGCUACGGCAGUGACGGCGGCAUGGGCCGCGCCGGCAGCGGCGGCCGCGGCAACGUGUCGGCGGGGCGGGACGGGGAGCGGAUGGGCAUGCGCGGCGGCGGCCCCGGGUCGCCCAUGGCGGGCGGCGGCAUCCCGGGCUCGCCCACACACGGCGCCGCCGGGCCGUUCGGGCCGGGCCCGGGCGGUCCCCCGCCCAACAGCCGCCUGCGCGCCGCCACGGGGCCAGGGGGCUACCAGCAGGGCGGCGACUACGGCGGCGGCGGUGGCGGCGGCGGCGGCCCCAACAGCGCCAGCGGCAUGGCGCAGCUGCCGCGCGAGGGCCGCGACGCACGCGGCAGCAACGACGGCCCCCACCCGCAGCGCCGGCACAGCCAGCGCCGCGAGGACAACGGCGACCCCUCCUCCGCCGGCUCAGCCGGCGGCGCCGGGCACGGCGCCGGCGGCCGCGCGCCGCGCAGCAGCGGCGACACGCUGUUGGACGAGUACAAGAACAACAAGACGGGCCGCAAGUACGAGCUGCGCGAGAUCCUGGGCCACGUGUACGAGUUCAGCCUGGACCAGCACGGCAGCCGCUUCAUCCAGCAGAAGCUGGAGGGCGUGGCGGCGGAGGACCUGGAGGCGGCGUUUGCGGAGGUGCUGCCGCGCAUCCUGCACCUCAUGACCGACGUGUUCGGCAACUACGUGGUGCAGAAGUUCCUGGAGCACGGCACGCCCGAGCAGCGCCUCAAGCUGGGCCGGGCGCUGCACGGCCACGUGCUGCAGCUGAGCCUGCAGAUGUACGGCUGUCGCGUGGUGCAGAAGGCGCUGGAGACGUUCCCGGAGGAGGCGCAGAUGGAGCUGGUGACGGAGCUGGACGGCCACAUCAUGCGCUGCGUGCGCGACCAGAACGGCAACCACGUCAUCCAGAAGUGCAUCGAGUGCGUGCCCACGCACCGCAUCGCCGCCGUGCUGGACAACUUCCUGCUGUGCGUGGUGCCGCUGUCCACGCACCCCUUUGGCUGCCGCAUCAUCCAGCGCAUCCUGGAGCACGUCAAGGACGCGCGGCGCCGCUCCGCCGUCAUGUCCGACAUUCUGGCCGCCGCCGUGCAGCUGACGCAGGACCAGUACGGCAACUACGUGAUCCAGCACGUGCUGGAGCGCGGCACGCCCGAGGAGCGCGCCUCCAUCGCCGCCAGCCUGGCCUCCAGCGUGGUGCCGCUGUCCAUGCACAAGUUCGCGAGCAACGUGGUGGAGAAGUGCCUCACCUACGGCUCCACCGCCGACCGCGACCUGCUGGUCAGCCGCAUGCUGGGCGCGCACGGCGUGGCGCUACAGCUGCACCAGCAGGCGCACAUGGGCGGGGGCGGAGGCGGGCUGGAGGGCGAGGAGGUCGAGGACCCGGUGCAGGCCAUGAUGAAGGACCAGUUUGGCAACUACGUGGUGCAGAAGGUGCUGGAGGUGUGCAGCGACGAGCAGCGCGAGGUGAUGCUGGCGCGCGUGCGGCAGCAGCUGCACGCGCUCAAGCGCUACACCUACGGCAAGCACAUCGUGGCGCGCGUGGAGAAGCUGCUGAGCGCCGGCACCCGCUACCAGACGCACGCCAAGGGCCGCAUGCUGCCCGACGACGAGGCGCUGGCGGCGGCCGCGGCGGCGGCGGGCGGCGGCGGCGGCCGGCUGGGCGCCGUGAGCGGUGCCGGCGCCGGCCCCAGCACCUCGGGCAUGCUGCCGCUGCCGCCGCUGUCGCCGGACCCCGGCGCGGGCGCCUCCGCCUCCUCCUCCUCCACGGCGUCGCAGUCGCUGAACAACUCGGUGUCCGGCGAGACGACUGCGGGCGGGGAGGCGGCGGCCGCCUCGCGCGGCGGCACCGCCAGCGGGCAGGCGGCUGAGGGCGCCGCGGCGUUGACGGGCGUGAGCGAGAGCGGCGGCGGAGCCGCUGGUGCUGGCGGGGCCGCGGCCGGCGACACGGCGGAGGCUGUGGCGGUCUCUGGGUCGGGCGGCGGCGCAGCGCCCGAGCAGCCAUCUGUCUAAGCAGGUGUUGGGCAUUUGCGGAAGCUGCAUGCAAGGCGCGCGCGUUUGCAGUAAUGGCCUAGCAAGCUUUGGUGUGAGGCAUGCACACAUGGCAGCAACCGUUCAAAAUGCAGAAUUGUCACAGCUUUGAUGACCGCACGCGCACGCGUGCUCCCCUUGCGCGCGCGCUUGAUACCGUACGGUAUGUGAUGUUUGUAUCUAGGUGUGCAGCGCGCGGUGCUUCUACAUAGCCAUGUGAUGCGUGCGAACACAUACGAGCACGACCUCACCAAGACACGCAUGCGGAUGCAGCGACGACAGCUGGGCUGCGCAAAGUGGAGUAUACCAUGCGUAGUUGGGCAGGGGGGCGAGGGACGAGCGAAUGGGGGGACAUGGAAGCACUGACAUCGCCGCCGCGCGUGGGCUCCGUGCGGCGCAGCCGGCGCCUGGGACUGCGGGUAGGACUCGAAGGUCACGUACGGUGGUGGCUCGAACGGCCGGGUCCUGCUGCUGGUGCUGGUGUUGCUGGUGCUUUGCGGCAGGGGCUGGCGGUGGUCAUGUAGACAAGGGGCCAGCGGCGAUUAUGGGCGUCCCAGAAGGCACGCCCUGAUGUCGCAUGCUACGGCAUAUUGUCUGGGGCCCCGGCGCGAGACGAGAUGAGCUGCCAGGAGCUAGGUGCCUGGCGGCUAGCGCGGGUUAUUGCUUCUUGGAGGAGCCUGAAUAAUACUGGUAGUGUCCAAGGAGUGCACACGGCACUGGACAUGAAGAAGCGGCAUUUACUUCACGCGGCCGAGUGCAAGCUAGCACCCGUGUCGCAGGUAUGCGGGCACCAGCCGGUCAGUUGCACGAGCUACACGGGUGCGCUCUCCGCACUCGCCAUUCAUACACGUCGUUGUCCUAUCGCAAAUUUUAUGUCUGUGCCUUCCGCGGUGUUUCAAUUGUACCGGUUUGGAGAUGUCCACUGAGUGUGGCUGUGCACUUGCGAAGUGCUUGGCUGGACUCGGUAGCGUGCGGAAGGAAGCGCCGAGUAACAACUGUGUGGACGUUGGUGGAGGGGGCAGAAGUGUAGGGAACAGGCGCGUGUGCGGAGCCGCGGAGUCAGGGGUCUACGGGACACAGUUGCUCAUGCAUGGUGGGGAGUUGUGCAGUGCUGGCAGAUUUGGGUACUGCAGCACUGGAAGCGCGGGCUUGCCCUUGGGUGGUAAGUGUGUGUGCCUAUGAAGUAUGGCAUGGGCUUGGGCUCCUGGGGGGGGGGGGCGGAAGGGCUUGGCGGCAGGUGGCGCUGGUGUGUGAGGGGCGCGGCGGCAUGGCCGGGUCGUGUUUGCGGUUGCGGAUGCAGCGGCUAUGUGGCGGGCGCAGGUGGUCGAGGGCGGCUAGCUGUAUGCCUGCUGCAAUUGAACAGUUUCGUACAUGACGAGGAUGGUGAAUAGCCCGACGGCGUACAUGGCUGUGCAUGCAAUUUGGGUAUAUAUGAAAUACAUGGGGGUUCGUGCCCCGCUGCAAAGUGAGGCGCGGCACCUUGGUACAGUUUCUCUGGCGGAUGGGAGAUGUUGGCGGUCUUGCAAGGGGCCCACCUGGUGUGCAUCACGCCAGGGUUACAGUGCUGCGGCGGCGAUGCUGGGGACGUGUUGGUGCAAGUUGCAAGGAGUGCGACGCCACGGUUAGUCGGUGUUUGGUUUGGUGUAAGGCGCGCGGCCCUGUCACCACGCUAUAUAACAAGAAGGCAUCCCCCAGGGAGAACGAAGGCGGGUGAACACCGGAGCACUUUCAUGGUUGGCUACCAUCGCUA